UACAUAAAUUAUUCUCGAAAAAAUAUCAUUUUUAGCACGAUUUUUUUCAAAGAAAAAAAAACUUUUUCAAAACUCUACCAGAAAAAUAUCGUAGAUUAAACCUUCAUCUUUAAAAUGAGACCUUGUUCAUUAAAAUCAGUUAAGAAUUACGCCUGAUCUCAUUAAUGACAUAAACCAUUAAAAGACCAGGGAUAAUGAACGAUAUUAAAUUCUUUUAUUUCCUUGUAUUUAGUUCAAAUAUUUUAUUACUAGAUGGCACUUCAAUAAUUAUUCUUAUGGUAGAUCGAUAAUUCUUACUUUACCGAUGCAGCAAGAAGAGAGUAUGAUUUAGUCGGCAAAGAAAAAAAUGAAAGAAACAAAAAGAAAAGUUUUUAAUAACUUAUACUGUACUCAAUCAGAAGAAAAUUAAGAGUACCUAAAGCGUGGCGCUGAUGGGUCUAGUGACAUUUAUGUAGAUAAACAGACAACUUUUUGUCCCUACAAUUCCGACGUUAGCAGGAACAGGAAGAUAGUUAACAGGGAACUGUCCAAUUUUUUGCAGUUUUAUUUUAUAGAUCUAUAUAAAAAUUAAGAUCAGAAAGUGAGAUUAAAUUAAUAAUUCCAUUACAUUAGUUUUUAUUAAUUCGUAUUAUUUAUAAUUUGAAAGUGUUUAUGUGUUGUAAGUUUAUAUAAAAUAUGUUUGAAAGUGAAGAUUGGAAUUUUGAUGAGGAAUUUUUGCAAGAUGUAGAUGAUAAAGCAUCAAAGUUCUUUUCACAAUUGGAAAAUGAGGAAAUAGAAUUACCUGUAAAAAAACGCUUAUUUCAACAAACUUUAAAAACAAAUGAUGAUUCUAAAAGUAAAUGUAAGAAUCAAGAAUUAUAUAGUAAAGUAAAAUCAUGCAUCGAAAAUACUUCACAAGAAAAUAUCAUUUCCCAAGGACUAAAUGGAUCUAAAUUAGAAAAUGAUUUAAAUGUACAAAAAUUGAGAAAGAAUAUAGUACUUGAUAUUCUUAAAAAAAAGAAUGUCAAAAAUUUAACAGAUAAUAAUAAUACAAUUUCUUCUAAUGAAGUUACACCUAUUCAUUCUCAAAGUCAAAAGAUCAUAGAUAGUGAGAAAAGUAAAGUCGGAUUUAACAAUUUAUUACAGAAAUCAAAUUCUUGUCCGCUAACAUCACAUAAAUCACCUUUUUUCCACAAGAAUGAAACACUUACUAAUACUACAGUUUCUAACAUAAGAAGUUGUAAUCAAAAAUCAAUUAUAAAUGAAGAUCAUGAUAAAAGACAAAACAAAUUGAUACAAGAAGUAUCUAAAAAUAUGCAACAACCAAUAAGCAAGAAUAUUAAUGAUAAUAUGCAAGAUAUAUCUACAGAUUCAAGAAAAUAUUUAUUAAUGCAACAUUUAAAACAUUCUACUUCAUUUAAUGAAGGAUUUGAUAAUAUAAAGCAUCCAUCUUCUAUCUUUAAAACAGAAAAGCAAUUAAAUAAGAAAACAACUCUUGUAAGAAAAUUUCCAGGACCAGCUGGAUUAUUACCAGAUAUCAUUGAUACUUCAAUAAUUUCAACAUAUUUAAAAAAUUUAGAAGACAGCAAAGUUGAAGGCAUAAAAGAUCAGAAGGAUACUAAUUUAACAGAGUAUUGUUCUCAGAAUACUAAAACUUUGUUUUCAGAAGGUGCUUGGCAAAUAAUGUUAGAUGAUUUACCUACAGAAUUCUUAAAAAAUUACGAAAUUGCACAAAUUAAGCAAAUAGCUAGCGCAAAUCAACAUCAGUGUAUUAAAAUACCAUUUCUUGCAGGCAUAAUAGAAAAUAUAGAUUACAGUCAUGAAAAUCCUUCUAUUGUAUUGAAAGACUUUACAGAUAAGAUUGAAGGAACGAUACAUGCAGAUAUUCCUGCAAAAUAUCCUGGAACUUUAGAGAAAAAUGUUGUAAUUUUAUUACAAAAUGUAGGAUUAUUAUGUAUUUCAGGGACGUUUAUUAUUCAUAAAUAUCACAUUCUAAUUUCGCCUUCAAAUUUAUUAGCAAUUUAUUCUCAUACAGGAGAUAUUAUACAUACACUACAUAUGGAACUUCUAAAGAAAGAAUUUUGCAUGAUCGAAUCUAAUUCAUCAAAUUUAAAUAAACUUCAAGAUGAUAAUAUAAAAAAAAGAAAUUUAGAUAGUUCAGAUAUUUGUCAAGAAGAUAGUUCAUCCUCUAAGAAAAAUUGUAGCAAAACAUAUGGAAAUCUCAAUCAAUCGAAUAAUUCUGAUAUUGAUCCAGGCCUAUGUUCAUUUUCUGUAGAUUUAAAUGGAAUUAGCAAUUCUCAGAAUCAGAAAAAUUUUAACAAAUCAAAAUUAUCAACAAAUUUAUUUGAAAAAGAGAAAAAUAGAAACUUAAAAGAUGAUAUUAUAGUGAAAGAAAACAAAGAAAAUAUACAUGAUAAUAAAACUACAUUUUUACAAAUCUCAACAGACGCUUCUUUAAAAUGUCUUCAAGAUCGAGAUAUAAAUAACAGUAAUAAAAGAGAAAAUAAUAAUCAAAAUCAGAAUGUAUCAAUAAAAUCAAGACUUUCUAUUUUUAAAUGCAGAGAUGUUGUAACACCAGUAGAAUCCAUUUCUGGACAUGAAAAUUUGCAUACUGAAGCAAUAUUAGAAAAUAAUAAAAAUAAACCUGAUAAUAAACAAACACUAUCAGUGGACAGAAAUUGGACUGAAAAUAUAUUACACAAUAACGAUAAUGAUUCUGAUGAUGAAAUGUUAUCACAAUUAGAUGUGGACAGUAUAUCAUCUAGUUAUUAUGAUCAAAAAAGUUAAAUAUUUUUUCUUUAAAUUACUUCUUUCUCAGAUACUACACUCAUUUCAAAAGGAUGAGUCAGUGGCCAGCACCAACAUUUAGGAAAUAUAAAUCAGUAUUUAUAUUUUAUAAAUCUGUAUAAAUUUAUAAAUAUGUUCAUAUUUUUUAUAUUUUUUAUGUAUAUAUUUAGAGUAGUUCAUAAUACUAUUUAAAUAUCUUUAGUUUUCAUAUGUAUUACAUUUUUUCUAUUGAUUAGUAUUGUGAUUAUAAAAAUAUUUUCAUAAACUACCAGUUAAGAAAUGAUCGAAAUUAUGUUAUUAUAUUACAUAUUUAUUACGUUGCUUUCACCAAUAAUGUAUUUAAAAUGAAAUUAAGGAUAGAAUGAUAUUAAGUUAUUAGCAAUAUCAUUUUAUAAUUCCUCGUUGUUACAAUUAUAUAUAUAUAAAUUAUUAAUUUUAUACUUGUACAAAAAAAAGAGAUAAUUGAAAAUAAUUAAACAUUUUUAUUUUCCUAUAACGUAAUAUCAAUUUUGAUAAUUGAUAUUAAUAAUAGCGUUUUCACACACAACUCAGCAAUCAAAUUCACUGUUACAAUUAUGUAACACAACUACAGUAGCCAAUGCUGUAAUCUAUUAUUCGUCACAAUCAUUCAUCCGGUCGAAUUUGAUUCGUACCUUGACCAAUAAUAAUUAUUGAAUUCGUUUAAUUCAAGUCAUAUCUUAAAUACAUUUAAGAACAAUUAGAUUAGACAAUGCGACGCUAAGAUGAACAUUCUUAUGUUAAUUUUAUUGAUAUCAGAAUUGUACGGAAAAUUAAUCGUAUCCACAUUACUGUUAUUAUAAAAUUAAAUUUUUGAAAAACAAAUAACAUACAUAAGUAAUGUUAACAAUCUGAAAAUUGAUAAAAAAUAAACCUGCAUACUUGAAAUUACAAUGAGUGUAUUUGUUGUUUAUCGGGUUAAUAAAAAUAAAAUUAUUUGACAACAAUAUAAAACUAUCUUUAAGUUAAAUCUCGUUUUUAGUAAACUGUUCGAAAUAAGGUCAAAAAUGAAUUACAGAUAAGAGAAGUAAUCAACUUAUAUCUAGAUUUUUAUAAUAUAUUAAAUCUAUAAAAACAAAUAAUUGAAUUUUGACAUUAUGUAUACAAGUGAUUAAUCGAUAAAAUGGAAAAGGAAAUAGAUACUACUAAAAAAUUAAAAAAGUAGAUAUAUAUCUCUUUUCCAACUCAACUAUGAUUCAAAGCAUAUUAAUUAUUUUUCUAUAUAAAUUCAAUAAUGAUGUACAAAAAAUAUAUAAUUUACGAAAUAAUUAUCGUUCUAUUUGUGUGUGUAUGAUAUUCUCUCAAAUAUUUUGUCUUGUGACAUUAUGCAUUUAUAUAACUUUUUAUAAAGAUCUGUAUACUUUUUAAUUCAUACAAGUAAUUAGAUUUUCAAUUAGACAAGGUCAUACAAUUUUAAUUACAAGUUUUAUAAUCACAAAAUACUUGUACUUGGAAAAUUAAGAUAAAUUACUACCUAAUUGCUUUACUCUUGUAGACAAUGGUGGAUUUAGUCGUUAAAAAGUUGAACGCGCUUUAAAAUUGGGGCCCCAUUAAAAUAAAUCUAUUAUGCAUAAUAUAUAUUUUCUCGUUUCAAUUAUUCAUGCGAAUGAUGGAAUAAGAAAUACACAUGUCCAAAUUUGAUUAUAGUCGCAAAUACAGAAAUAAAAAUUAUAUUUCCGACCAUCAGAUACUGAAUUAAAUUUAUUAUAUAAUAUAAAUUUGUAUUAUAUUUAUAUUAUAUCAUAUAAAAUUCCUUAUCGUACGGGGCCUGAGGCGAUCGCCUCCACUGCCUAUGCAUAAAUUCACCAUUCCUUAUAGAUAUAUAUUUAGAUAUAUAUUUAAUUCGUUCACAAGCUCAAACGGAUAAUUUUAU